UGAAGCCGCGGUGCACAGGGAUGGAUUUAAGCAGAUGAUAGCUGACCGCAUGAGAGAUGCUGCAGGAGAAGCUUUCUGCUGUGACGGAUGAAUCUAUGAGGGUGCAGACCGGUGGGGACAGGGACCCCCUUACAGACCAGUCCCGACUGGCCCUGUCCACAUCUCCCAGCAUUCCCAGCUCCAGUGAGCCUGACCAGAACAUUGAGAACAUUAAGGUUGUUCUGCACGAGAGGGAGCUGUGGAAGAAGUUCCACGAGGCCGGCACGGAAAUGAUCAUUACUAAAGCAGGCAGGAGGAUGUUUCCCAGCUACAAGGUUAAAGUGUCUGGGAUGAACCCCAAAACGAAAUACAUCCUACUUAUUGACAUUGUUCCAGCUGAUGACCAUCGCUACAAGUUCUGUGAUAACAAGUGGAUGGUGGCUGGCAAGGCCGAACCAGCAAUGCCAGGCAGACUCUAUGUGCACCCUGAUUCCCCCGCCACAGGAGCUCACUGGAUGAGGCAAUUGGUGUCGUUUCAGAAGCUCAAGUUAACCAAUAAUCACCUAGAUCCUUUUGGGCAUAUCAUCCUGAACUCUAUGCACAAGUAUCAGCCCAGACUACAUAUAGUUAAAGCCGAUGAAAACAACGCCUUUGGAUCCAAGAACACUGCCUACUGUACUCAUGUCUUUCAUGAGACAGCCUUCAUCUCUGUAACCUCUUAUCAAAACCAUAAGAUCACUCAGCUUAAGAUAGAAAACAAUCCUUUUGCCAAAGGAUUCCGGGGUAGUGAAGAAGGAGAUCUGCGCGUCUCAAGACUACAAGGGAAAGAAUAUCCAGUGAUUUCAAAGAACAUAGUCCGACAGAGGCUCAUCUCCUCGCAUAGUCAUCUAGCAGGAAAGCUUGGAGCAGGAGUUCUCACAGGGCACCCUCAAGUACUGUCUCCUUAUCAGUAUGAGACUGGGGUUCCUUUGUCUAACUCAGACCCCCAAGAUCCUAUCUCGAACCACUUUCCUCAGAGUAGAGAUCCCAGCCUUCUGUAUCACUGCUUCAAACACAGAGAUAACGCCCGACACCUAGAGCUUGGAUGUAAGCGGCCAUAUCUGGAGACAUCAUCUGCAGUUUCAGAGGAGCAUUACUUUCGUUCAGCAACCUCUUAUGAGUCGCCGUUACUGUCCCAUCCUUACUGCACUGAGGCAAUCACCUCUAGAGAAGCUUGUAUGUACGGCAGUAUGGAAACAGAGUCUGGAUCUGGGGCAGGGGAUACAGAUGACCUGACUAACCCCUCUUCAAUAAAUUGCAACAUGUGGGCGACAAUGCAGCCCUACCCUCGCUAUGGUGUGGAGGGUGUACCAUACCAGCCCUUCACAGCUCAUUUCACCAAUACUGCCACAGUCACGUCGAUUGUACCACAACCAACAUCCUCAAUGGCAUCUCGACCAGCUUCUGACUUGGGGGUCUACAACCCGGCUACGGUCCAGCGAGGUUUGCCCGUUAUACCUCCUUCAUCCUGCUCUCCGGCUGUUCUGGGAUCCAGAGAUAGGUCAGGGCAUCCACCUUUGUACCACAAGAAGCCAGGGUCACCGCUCCGGCCUCACAGAGAUUUCUCAGCCUAUCCCACACAGGGUACAAUAUCAAUCCGGGAUCCAUCCUAUCAGUACCAAGUGGGGCUAAGUAGCGCAGGAACUCAAUGGACUGACAGCUAA